CGACGUGCAACGUAAUUGGUUGCCGAGAACUGGAAGCCAUUGUCGGUAAGGAGAUAAAAAUAAAAGAAACAGAAGUGCUUUUACGAGGUUUCGGGGGAAAUAUAGUACAACCAAUUGGGUCAGCUAUACUGAAAUGCAGAACAGAGAAUGACAUAAGGAAAAUAAAGUUUCAAGUGGUAAAAAAUCCGCAAAUUCCACUUUUGUCUGCAAACACGUGUCAAGGCUUAAAAAUCAUUCAGAUUAAAGAAACGAACGCAAUUGAAACAAUGUCGUCGAGUGAAUGUAUUCUGAAUCAGUUUGCUGACGUUUUUGAAGGCGAUGGUCUCAUCGAGGGAGAAGUACAUUUAGAGGUGGAUCCAAGCGCCAAACCGAUACAGCAGCAACCACGCAGAAUUCCAAUCGCCGUACGUAAUGAAUUGCACGACUUGCUACGAGAUCUUCAAAAACGGAAAAUAAUUGAAAAAGUCGACAAGCACACACCGUGGACAAGCAACUGUCUUAUCGUCAGAAGAAACGGCAAAACCAGGUGAUGUAUAGACCCGUUCGAAUUAAAUAAAGCUCGCCUUUUCAGAUACCAACCAUCGAAGAAAUAUUGCCCGAACUCAAGGAUGCGAAAAUAUUCACCACUUUAGACGAAAGAAAUGGAUUUUGGCAGCUAAAGCUAGACGAGCCGUCCAGUCAUCUAACGACGUUCUGGACACCAUUCGGUCGAUAUCGAUGGUUAAGACUGCCGUUUGGGAUUACGCCAGCUCCAGAAAUUUAACAAAACUGGCAAGUCGAAAUCUUGUAGGGAGUCCCAGGAGAAUAGUGUUAGCUGAUGACAUUUUGAUAUUUGGCAGAGGAAAAACGCUCAACGAAGCAAUAAAAGACCAUAAUGAGAAACUACGCAAUACAUUGCAAACAUUACAAAAAGCAGGGAUGAAGCUAAAUCGCAAGAAAGCAAGAGUGGGGCUAAGACAAGUCAGCUACUAUGGGCUACUUUCGGAGGUGUGCGAGCCGCUGAGAAGGCUCACAAAAAAGAACGUUGAAUUCCAGUGGGGACGCGAGCAACAGCAUGCAUUCGAGAGACUUAAACAGCUCACCACAGCAACGCCAGUGCUUCAAUUCUAUGACGUCGAUGAAAACGUCCAGAUCGAGUGCGAUGCUAGUAGUUUCGGUCUCGGAGCAGUCCAGUGAUGUAUGCGUCGAGAAUACUCUCAGCGACAGAACAAAAAUAUGCACAAAUUGAGAAAGAGUGCUUAGCAAUCGUAUUCGCAUGCACUCGUUUUGAUCAGUACGUGUGUGGCAAGGCAGGCUUCGAAGUCGAAACGGAUCAUCAACCUCUUGUCAACAUUUUCAACAAGCCGGUUGCGCAAGCGACAAAAAGAGUGCAACGCAUGAUGCUACGCCUACAGCGAUACGAUAUCAUACUGACGUACAAAAAAGGUAAAGAAAUAUUCAUUGCGGAUCUAUUAUCGCGUAAAUGCCGCACGCACCAGCAAGUGGCCGACACACAAAAUGAGCAAGUAUACGCGAUACAACAGACAAAACAAUUCGAUGAAAUGUGCAUGCAAAUUUAAAAUAUCAAUCUCUUAAGUGAAGUAUCACUGAAUGAUGAUCAGCUAACGAGUAUUCGCUCAGAGAGUGAGCAGGAUCCGGAAAUUCGCCAGCUAAUGGAAACUUGCCAGAAAGGCUGGCCAAAUGAAAAGUCAGCAGUAAUAACGAUAAUUCAGCGUUACUGGAAUAUACGCGAUGAGAUCACAAUCUGUGAUGGAAUAUUACUACGCGGUGAUAGAACCAUCAUACCGAGAAACUUAAGAGCACAAACUAUUGAGGCCCUACAUUAUGGACAUACGGGAAUCGAAUCCUGCUUACGUCGAGCUCGAGAAACAGUUUAUUGGCCAAAUAUAACUGACCACAUCAAAAAUGUCAUUCAAAAUUGUCAAACGUGUUGGGAAACGUCGACAAGUCAAGCCAAGCUGCCACUGCAGUCGUCACCGUUCCGGAGUUGCCAUUUCAAGGUGUUAAUAUGGACCUGUGCGAAGUUCCACGACAGACAGGUAACACCAAAGAAAUUUUGCUAAUUGUUUCCGACUCAUUCUCAGACUGGUUCGAAGUGGAAGAGCUUCGAAGUAUGACAGCCUCAACCAUAGUGUCAGCUUGCAAACGGAUAUUUAGUAGGAAGAGAAUACCAUCGGUAGUCGUAGCGGAUUCGGGUACGUAAUUCAACAGUAGAGAGUUUCUAAAGUUCGCAUAAAAUUGGGGUAUGAAAGUAACUUUGACGCCACCACAUCACCAUCAAGGAAAUGGGAAAGCAGAGUCGGCAGUCAAAAUCGUCAAACGUAUCUUUCGGCGAGCAGAUAAAAGUGGACAAGAUCGUUGGCUAGCGCUGUUAGAAUGGCGUAACACACCCAACCACAUGCAGACAAGCCCGGCCCAACGGCUAUAUUCACGUCGGUUACGAACGCAAUUGCCAAUGAAACAAUCGCGGUUGCGACCAGAAGUUCAGCACAAUGUACCAAAUAAAAUCAUAGAAGCGCGUAAGAAAGCAAAAUUUCAUCAUGACAAGCGAGCAAAACAACUGCCAGAGCUGGAAAUAGGCCAGGACGUAUACGUGCAGCUGAAGCCACACCAUGAUAGCAGUUGGAAACCGGCAGUUGUAAGCGACAAAUAGUCUACGCGCAGAUAUCAAGUCGAAUGUGAAGGAAAGGUAUACGUAAGGGAUCGACAAAACGUCCGAGCGUGCCCACCGAAAAUUACAUCUUCUGUGAAGACACCGUUAACGAUGAAAUCCAGUUUGCUCCGAACAACUAACGACUAGGUCUAUCGAACUACAACCAACAUCUGCGUGAGCACCUGAGCCUAGGUCACCGAAGCGAGGCGAGUCAGCGACACAAAUAAAGUCUCCGAUAACAUCCUCGCAAGUAGCAGCUCAAACAAAGUCUCCGUCAACAUCCUCGCAAGGAGCACAAUCUUCGUUAACAUCUUCG